CCGGACUAUCCCUUACUGCUGGGCUAAAGUUGGCCGGGUGCAGACAGGGACCACAGACCCCUGGGACCGUCCAGUCACCGGGACCACACCUGGGAAUGCUGCACUGAGCAGGGCAUGGAGCGGAUUAAAGUUCUAGACCAGCUGCUGCCAGAACUGAAUGUUCUACUGAAGCUUCUAGACCAUGAAUUCCUGAGCGCCACAACUAGAGAGAAGCAGAGUGCGGUAUGCAGCAUCCUGCGCCAACUACAGCCUUCUCCAGGAGAUGACUUGGACUUUCAGUAUAUGAACACUGCAGCAUAUCACAAUGGUACCAGCUUUGUGGAGUCUCUUUUUGAGGAAUUUGAUUGUGACUUGCAAGGGUUACGUGAUAUGCAGGAUGAUUAUAGAGAGACGGAGCGGCCAUCUUCUCCACCGCCGCCAGCACCUUGUGUCCCUCCACCUCCUCUACCAACCACUCCACCACCAGAGGAUUACUAUGAAGAAGCUGUGCCCCUUGGACCAGGGAAAUCCACUGAGUAUAUCACGUCUCACAAUAGCACCAGUCCUCCCAAUUCCAUAGAAGAUGGAUAUUAUGAGGAAGCAGAUAACAAUUACCCUCUGACUCAGAUCAAUGGGGAGCAGAAGAACUCCUAUAAUGAGUCGGAUGGGCUGAGCAGCUCCUAUGAGUCCUAUGAUGAGGAAGAUGAAGAGGGCAAAGCUCAGCGAUUAAUGCAUCAGUGGCCUUCACAGGAGGCUUCUCUGCAUCUGGUGCGGGACAGCAGGAUCUGUGCAUUUCUGCUGCGCAAGAAACGCUUUGGACAAUGGGCCAAGCAGCUGACACUCAUCAGGGACAAUAAAUUAUUGUGUUACAAGAGCUCUAAAGACCAGCAGCCUCACUUGGAGAUGCCUUUGGCCUUGUGCAGUGUCACAUAUGUUCCCAAGGAUGGGCGCCGUAAGAAACACGAGUUACGCUUCUGCCUCCCUAAUUCUGAGCUUCUGGUGCUGGCGGUCCAGAGUCGGGAACAGGCUGAAGAAUGGAUGAAGGUGAUAAAGGAAGCCACCAGCCCAAACACCAUGCAGCUUUCUGCGUCCCCAGCACUGAGGCAUAGACUAGAGCUGGAUAAGAGACUCUCCCAUGACAAGACGUCAGACUCUGAUAGUGCUGCCAAUGGGGACAACAGCUCCCCCAGCAGUGGGAAAGAGAACAGGGACAAUGUGAAGUGUCGGAGGAGUGGUCUGGCUGACCUGAAAGGUUCCAUGAGUCGGGCUGCGGGGAAGAAGAUUACACGGAUAAUUAGUUUCUCUAAGAAGAAGCCUUCUGCAGAGGAACCGCACACCUCAUCCACAGAUGAAGACGUCCCCUGCUGUGGCUUCCUCAAUGUGCUUGUAAACCAGGGCUGGAAGGAACGCUGGUGUCGCUUAAAGGGACAAACACUCUAUUUGCACAAGGACCGUAAUGAUCUACGAACUCACGUUAACUCUAUUGCACUUCGCGGCUGUGAGGUGUCACCCGGAUUUGGGCCCAAGCACCCAUUUGCUUUCCGAAUCCUACGCCAAAGUAAAGAAGUCUCAGUGUUCGAGGCUAGCUGUUCUGAGGAGAUGGGCAGAUGGCUGGGGCUGCUGCUGGCUCAGACAGGCUCUAAAACCCGGCCAGAGGCCCUGCACUACGACUACGUUGAUGUCGAAACAAUAGCCAACAUCGUCACUGCUGUGCGUCACUCUUUUAUGUGGGCAAAAUCCUCACACAGUGACAGUAGUGACUCGCGUGUCUACGAUGAUGUGGCCUAUGAAAAGGUGGAGGACCCCAAACGCACACAAGGGGGAACACAAGUCAAGCGUCACGCCUCGUCUUGUAGUGAGAAAUCCCAUCGGUUGAACCCUGAGAUUAAAGUUAAACGUCAUGCAUCAAAUGCCAACCAGUACAAAUAUGGCAAGACCAGAGCGGAAGAGGAUGCACGGAAGUUUGUGAUGGAAAAAGAACGUCUGGAAAAAGAGAAAGAAGUGAUCCGAAAUAAACUGGUAGCCCUAAGGAAAGAAAGGAGAGAGCUGAAGGAAAUGCUGAAGAUUAGCACCGGGAAGCAGGAUCUGGAGGCGAGAUUGGCAGCACUGGAGGAGCAAUGCAAGGACAAUGAGAAGAGCAGAGUAGACCUGGAGCUGCAGCUUUCAGAGGUGAAGGAGAAUCUGAAGAAGUCUCUGGCCGGUGGCCCCUCCCUUGGGUUGACUGUGACGAGCAAAGCAGAGAGUUCGGUUCCCAAAACCCAACAAGAGACUGAGCGCCCUGUGCCUGUCAACAGUGCAGCCGAGAUGAGGCGGAGGACCCCAUCCAUAGUGACGUCCAACAAAGGAAAAGUGCUACAGAAGGCCAAGGAAUGGGAAAUGAAGAAACCAUGAGGCAAACGGAAUAGAAAUCCAUGGACUAUCGCCAAUCACCCAGAGACAAUGUGAAAACAAAUACUGGACCACAUUGGCAGGAAGCGGACUUGUGCCUUUUAGUUUCCAAACAAAUGUGUACAAUUGGUUGCUAUGUUACAGCGGGACUUAUUACGAGAGGAACAAGAAAGGAUGACUUUGUAAAUCCAUUGUCUGUUAAAUGGAAAGUCUGGCGGACAUAAUACAGGAGUCCUACAUGAUGCUGUGGGGUUAUUAAUGGACAAUACAGGAAAAUGAAACUGGAAUUCCAAGCUGAAUGAGAGUGCCUGGUGCCUAAUAUAAGGAAAUACACAUGAUAAAUUCUAGUAAGCCAAUAGAAGGUUCCAGAUCUGAUGUUCUAUAAUGGUGAAAAAUGUCAUUAAAAACGAUAGACUCAUACUAAUCGGAUCCACUAUAUAAACAAAUCAUUAGGACGCAUUCACACAUAUGAGCUGGUAAAAUGUGUAAAUACCUCCAGAAACCAGAAAACAGGUGUGCUGUAGUGACGUUCUGUUGCGCCUGUUGCCAAUAGUAACCACUGUAGUGGUAACAUGCAUUAGUGCCUGAGAAAUAGGUAGUGCUACUGUCCAAUUUUACACUGCAAUGGUGGGAACAAGCCCUUAAAACAAGGAAAUCGCCCUAUUCCAGGUGGGAUAGCAGUAACGGGUAGGUGGGAACGAGCAUGUUAAGUCUUCCUGCACGCUAAGGUCUACAUUACUAGGUCUGUUGUUUUGCCUGUUUUCAUGGAAUAGGCAACAUGUAUGUUGAGAGCCACUCAAAGCCCCUCUGAAAGGCCACAUCUACCUCAAUGGCCUCAUAUUGGCAGGUAGAAGUAGAUUAUAUCUGCAUAUAUAGUUCCCACUUUGUCACAUAAAUAAGAUUACCAGGAAAUCUCCCUUUUUGUUUUCUUCCCCCUUACUAAAGCGGCCUGCCAGACUGCCCUAGAGAAAGGGCAAGGCGGUAUUGAAUGAUACUUUUGCAAGUGCAUUAUUGUCGAAAGAGCUACUCAGAUAUGUGUAUUGGAAGGGUACAUGAGCAAGAUUCAGGUAAUGUUAUUUAGUCCCAUUGUUGGCAGUAUUGUAAGAAGCAUGGAUCUAUUGCUGAAAUAAUGCAUUUGUUUGAUAUUUUGUACAGAGAUGUACAGAGAGAAACAUGCUAACCAUUGUGGUGUAGACAUUUGUCAGUUACAGACUGGGGAACAUUAUAAGUAUAAGAUGUGAGAUAUUACUGGGUUUAGGGCUAUGGGAAAAGGACCUAUGAGGGCGUCCAUCCUUUCUGCAUAUUGUGCCACGUACAUACAAAGGCUGGAUGCACUUUACACAGUUUUGGUUUUUGUUCUGUUUUCAAUAAAAUGACAA